AUGCAGUUUAGCCUACUACAAACUGCCUUUUUAGGCCUCAUAUUGGGAGCCUCAGUCACUGCGGGUGCUGUUGGGAAACUUCAAAACAGCAAUGUUACUUAUCGAGGCUUCACUAGUGGAUCGAUCGAACACUUCCAGAAUAUCAGAUUCGGUCGUGAUACUUCUGGUGAGCGACGCUUCGCUCCUCCAGAGAUUUACACGCCACCAGCGGGAAGCGAAAUUGAUGCUACAGUACCAGGCCGACCGUGCCCCCAGUUUAAAUCUAGUAUACCACCAUUUUUUGACGAGGUUCAGGAGGUUAGUGAAGAUUGCCUUAAUCUCCAGAUUUCAAGGCCUGUGGGAACUACUGCCAGAGAUAAGCUCCCCGUGGUCAUUUGGCUUCCUGGGGGUGGAGUUAUCAAAGGCUCAGCACACGAUUCCCAUGCGGAUCCCGAGAACUUGAUCACAUUAUCGGCCUCGCUUGGAAAGCCUGUUAUAUUUGCCGCAAUAAACUUUCGUCUCACCAUCUUCGGCUUCGCGCGCCUUUCUAUACUAAAAGAUCAGAAGUCUCUCAACGUGGGAAUGCGGGACCAAAGACUAGGUUUUCAAUGGGUCAAAGAUAAUAUUGCAUCAUUCGGUGGUGAUCCAGAAAGGAUCACUAUAUUUGGGUUAAGUGCUGGCGGCACUUUUUCUUCGCUUCACACAAUGGCAUAUGGAGGCGAGGGAGGAGGCGUGCCAUUUACACAAAUUUGGGCGAUGUCUGGUCCACCCGGCACUGCUCUCAACAGUACUAGCGAUGCAACGGAUAUACAUACACGCGCUGUAGCAGAAAGGUUAGAGUGUAAGAGCGACAAAGAGGACGAAGUCCUUGAGUGUUUACGUAAAGUACCAAUGGAGAAGCUCCUAGAAACGGCUAUGGAAUAUUCAAUAAAUAAUCACCCACCUGCUGGACUUUUCACUUUCAUUCCGUCGGUCGAUGGCGAUUUUCUACCGGACCGCCAAUCUGUGUUGUAUAAAUCGGGGAGAUUCGUCAAAGGUAUCCCGAUGGUCCUCGGUUGGACACAGGACGAUGGUGCUACGAACGUUGGUCCUGCUACCCAAAUUCAAAGCGAGGAAGACAUGAAGGGUCCAAUCAAAAGAUUUGCUCAUUCCCUCACCAAUGAAGACUACGAGACUCUUUUCUCUCACUACCCCUUUUCUGACUUUGAGGAAGACGUACGGAACUACGAAGCUCGAAAGGGUGACUCAGACCCGGUUGUCUCUGUCCACUACUUCCGUGUUUCGCGUAUCCUACGUGACAUUUUAUUCACAUGUUCGUCAAUCGACUUCGGAUACGAAGUAUCUAGACAGUCCAGGGUAAUCGAUCCUAAUUUUCCUGGCGUUCGCCUCUACGCCUUGAAUCAGACCAUGUUUACCCCGCUAUUCAAGGCUGCCGGAAUGCCAUAUGUAGGUGUGGCCCACGGCAGUGAUACUAAUUAUAUUUUCAAUGGCUUGUUCCCCGAAGGCCAGGUCUCAGAAGAAGACAAGAAGCUAUCAAGAUCAGUGACUGCGUCUUUCAUCUAUUUCGCUUACACAGGUAAUCCCGCCUAUGCAGACGACGAAGGCUUCAGGUUAUGGCCAGAAUCAUUUACAAAGAGCGAAGAUCGACGUUUGGAAUCGGAGCUUUCCGGAUUCAAUUUGCAGCUCAUUGGUGGACCACUGGGAACAGGUUCUUCUUUCCUGCGUAGGGAGAAUUACACUACUAACUUGGGUUCGGAAAGGGGCAGUAUGCAGGUUCCCUUUGUGGCUGACGUAGAAUUUGGAGAAAUGGACUCCACAGCCCCUGAGGAAAGACAGCGAAACCUGAACCACCAAAAGCUGUUCGAGCGAUGUGCAUAUAUCAGGACUCUCAAUGAGAAACUAGGGGUGUGA